UUGGGGUUUUUUGGUGGGGUUUUUUUGCAGUCUGGGAACGAUGAACUCACUUGUUCCUACUUGCUCUCAAUCCUCUGCAGUGUGUCCGUUACAGGCUCAUUAUGCUAAUGCCCUUCCCUGCUCCCCACUGUGUUUGGCAGGCCAGUUGGCGAUGGGAACCUGCGAGAUAGUCAUGCUCAACAGGGACAGCAGCGUUCCCAGACGAACCAUCGCCAGGCAGACAGCCCGUUGCGCCUGCCGGAGAGGUCAGAUCGCCGGCACCACACGGGCCAGGCCGGCAUGUGUCGAUGCGAGAAUCGUGCGGAGUCGUCAGUGGUGUGAGAUGACCCCCUGUGUGGAGGGCGAAGUUUGCAGCCUCCUUUUCAACCGCUCGGGAUGGACCUGCACCAGAAGCAGCGGACGCAUCAAGACCGUCACGCCUUUGCCCAGGGAGCCAUCGUAGAAUGCAGCGGUGGGAAAAAGACCACCUGCAAGUAUGUUCCCUGAUCCAUGCUGUGAGACAAGCUGCGGCCAUUCACUACAGAGCAUUACGUCUGUCCAACAAAAAGUUUCACAAACUCGACAUCAUGCCUUGAGCCUCUCUUUUUUUGGGCUUUUUCUUUCUGGUAGUUUCAGCAUCAGCCUUGACACUUCUGCAGCCACAUUUAGAGACUAAACAUUGAGCGGUGUGUCAGCGGUGAAACAUUCUUCGACAAGUAUUGGAGGACACUGCCCGCAAGACUUUAUGAGAAGAUCUUUUCCUAAAAUCAGCCCGUCCAUCUUCUCCCUUUGCCAGCACUGAGGCCAUCCAAGAUGAUUUUACAACUAUCCGUAUGAUACUGACUCACCGCUAACUUCACCCAGGCCACUGAUGAACCCACAGCAUUCACUAGGAUGUAGCCAGCAGACACUCGGCGUGAAGAGCGAAGGAUAUUGUGAGCAUGGACGUCUACUUGGAUUCUUACUGGGGUGGACACAUCACAUGUGAAAAUGACUGACACAUGUCCAACCCUGUCAACAAAGGUCACCACAUGGCCCUUUUGAAUGGCUCGUCAUCCAACAUGUUAUUUUUUUUUUUUUAAAAC